AUGGCUGAUGACGAAAUCAUUCGCAAGAGAUUACUUCUUGAUGGCGAUGGCAGUGGUGAUGAAAAAAGAUUAGUAACAUUUAUGAAGUCAUUUCUUAAAUGGUGCAAUAAUCCUAAUGAAGACGAUGCUAGCAAUAGCGCAUUUUUUGAACGCUUGUUGGCCAUGUUAGCCACUUGCCAAUCUACAAUAGCCAAGAAUUACCUAGUUUAUCAAAUGAAUAAAAGGGAGUUGGAAAAUUAUCAAGUUUUGAAUGAAGAUUUGACUGAUAGAAUUAAAAGAGCACAAGAAGAUAUCUGUAAUUUGAAAGAAGAAUUACAAGAGGCAAAAAGAACCCGUAGACAUCAGCAAGAGUAUGAUGCCUUAGGUAAAGCUAUCCAACAGCAUCCAAAUAAAGAGGAGACUACAAAAAUCUUAACUGCCCUCGAAUCGCAUAGCGCUGUCGAGAAGGAAUUAGAUCAAGAGUUGGAACUGAGAAGGAAGCAAUUGUACGUCUUAGUACACGCAAUUAACCAGUUGAAAGCAAGUUUAAGCGAAAACGGGCAGUCCAAGAAUGAAACACAGCAGUAA